GGCUGAGCCGGGCGGUGCAGUAUCCGGCUGCAGUGUGCUGCCGCUGAGGAAGUGAAGUCAGAUCAACAUGAGUUUCCACUACGGCCAGGGCUAUCCAGGAGGGGGCAACCCACCACCAAGUGCUCCAUAUGGUGGUGGCCGCGGUCCCUAUGGGUCUCCCCAAUCAUCUCCAUACGGAGGUGCUGCAGGUCAACCAGGAGGUCAUUAUGGCGGCGGUGGAGUCCCAGGUCAUGGAGGGCAAUAUGGGCAUGGACAAGGCGGUGCCCCCAGUGGGCAUUAUGGGGCUUACGGGGGACAGCAGCAUCAUGGAGCACCUUACGGCCACCAGGCUCCUGCAGGUAACAUGCCUCCUGGCAUUAACCCAGAGGCAUACCAGUGGUUCCAGACUGUUGACACGGACCGCAGCGGCUUCAUCAACCCAAAGGAGCUGAAGCAGGCGCUCGUCAACUCCAACUGGUCGGCUUUUAAUGACGAGACCUGCCUCCUGAUGAUCAACAUGUUUGACAAGACCCGGUCAGGUCGAAUUGACCUGUUUGGCUUCUCAGCGCUGUGGGAAUUCAUGCAGCGGUGGAGGGCGUUGUUUCAGCAGUAUGACAGAGACCGCUCAGGGAACAUCAGUGGCACGGAGCUACACCAAGCCCUCGCUCAGAUGGGCUACAACCUCAGUCCCCAGUUUUCCGAGACGCUGGUGCAGCGCUUCACCCUGCGGGGCGCGCGACCUGGCAUCCAGCUGGACCGCUUCAUCCAGGUGUGCACCCAGCUGCAGAGCAUGACGCAGGUCUUCAGGGAGAGGGACACGACCAUGACGGGCAACGUCCGACUCAACUACGAGGAUUUCCUCUCCGGGGCCAUGACCAGGCUCAUGUGAGCCAUCGACAGUCCCACUGCUCUGUGGAGUUCACAUCGUCAUUCCAUGUUCAGGUCCCAUUCUGCUCAGUGUUCUCACAUAAGUGCCCUCACACCUCUAUAUGUUUGCGUUCGAACAGCCUGUGCACAUCUUUCCAUGGCUUGUUGCUGUAAACGGAUAAAGCUUAUAAAGAAAUUAUUACAUAUCUUAACUUUGACCAGGGGUCCGACUGAAGGUCCUCUGAACGGGCCCAUCUCACCGUAGAGGACUUGGGUGAUAGUGGCAGUCUCUUGUUUACUAGAACCAACAUUUGGUCAAAGGUAUGAAUAGUUAAAAAUCAGAGAGAGCACUUGUAUAAAAAUGUUUAAUUUGCUGAAUGUUUACCCAACUCUUUGAAACAUAUUUCUUUCAGGACUGAAUCAAUGCAUCAGACGUUAUUUCUUUACUCCUACAGCAGAAUACAUGCAUUUAUGUGUAUGACAGUGACUAUGCUGGACUACAAGUUGAUAUUCUAUGAAAUUGCCUUCAUGCAGCAUUAACAAAAAAAAGUAGUGUUUAAAAUUCAUAUUAACUAUACUCCGGAGUCCAGAGGGUACGAAUAUUGCUUAGAAGCACCACAUUUAUACAAAUUAAUUUUACAAAUUAUUCCAACCUCCUUUAGUGAACUUUCAGAAAGUGGACUGUCAGAAAAAAAUUACUUAUUACCAUUUUUGCUAAAUUGCUCUUCUGUAAGCCAGUAUCAACGAUAUAUAUAUAUAUAUCAUUUAUAUAUAUCUUUGACCAAAAUAUAAAAGAUUUAAAUCUCUGGAGAAAAAAAAGGGUUUGCCAACUUCACUAAAAUGAUUGUGGGUCCAGUAACUGUUGAUACACUCCACUGUGUUAUACGCAGCAUUCAAAUCAGUGAAUGAUGAAAAUGCCAUAAUGAAAUGCCAAAAUGGUUCUUAAUGCCAGAAACAAAUAAAUGCCUUUGUAUCACUCUGA